AUGUCUGUUGCUUCUCAAUACUACCCUAACGAACCAACUGUGCCAGUUGUGCAAACAUCUGCUAUUCCAGGGCCAGAAUCCGUCAAAGGAUUGGAGGCCCUAGGGAAGGUUUUUGAUGCCAGACCAGCUUACUUUCUAGCCGACUACGAAAAGUCUCUGGGCAACUACAUUGUGGAUGCUGACGGGAACAGCUAUCUAGACCUGUAUGCUCAGAUCGCGUCGAUCGCGCUCGGUUACAACAACCCUAAGUUGAUUGAGGCUGCGAAAUCGCCAGAAAUGAUUCGUGCCCUUGUGGAUCGUCCAGCUUUGGGUAAUUUCCCCUCCCGUGACCUUGAGCCCAUCUUGAAAAAGAUCUUGAAGUUUGCCCCCAAGGGCCAGGACAAGGUCUGGUCAGGUCUGUCUGGUGCGGACGCCAACGAACUUGCAUUCAAGGCUGCUUUCAUGUACUACCGUUCCAAGGAAAGAGGUUACCACAAGGAGUUCUCCACUGAGGAAAAUACCUCUGUCAUGAGAAACGCUGAGCCCGGCUCUCCACACUUGGCAGUCUUGUCCUUCAAGAAAGCUUUCCACGGUAGACUAUUCGCUUCUGGAUCUGUCACGUGCUCGAAGCCUAUUCACAAGCUUGAUUUCCCAGCUUUUGAGUGGCCACAUGCUGAAUACCCUCAUUAUCAGUACCCAUUGGCCGAGAACGAGGCCGCCAACCGCGCCGAGGACGACCGUUGCUUGAAGAUUGUUGAGGACCUUAUCAAGUCGUGGUCCAUCCCAGUCGCUGCGUUGAUCAUCGAGCCCAUUCAAUCCGAAGGUGGUGACAACCACGCCUCUAAGUACUUCUUGCAGGCUUUGAGAGACCUCACUUCGAAACUCGGUGUAGUGUACAUCAUCGAUGAAGUCCAGACCGGUGUAGGAGCCACCGGUAAGGCCUGGUGCCACGAAUGGGCCGACAUCCAGCCUCCAGUGGAUCUAGUCACUUUUUCCAAGAAAUUUCAAAGUGCUGGCUACUUCUUUCACGACACAUUGUUCGUGCCAAAUAAGCCAUACAGACAGUUCAACACCUGGUGUGGAGAGCCUGCCCGUAUGAUCAUUGCCGGUGCCAUCGCACAGGAGGUUCAGGAGAAAAACCUUUUGGAGCAGUGCUCCCGUGUCGGGGACUAUCUUUUUGCUAAGUUGGAGGCCUUGCGUUCUAAAUACCCACAAAAAUUCCAGAGGUUGAGAGGACAAUCCAGAGGUACUUUCAUCGCCUGGGACUUGCCUACCGGUGCCGAAAGAGACGCUCUUCUAAAGAGCUUAAAGCUCAAUGGUUGCAACGUUGGUGGAUGCGCCGAACUAUCGGUCAGACUAAGACCCACCUUAACGUUUGAAGAAAAGCAUGCUGACAUUUUCAUCGAGGCUUUGGCCAAGUCGGUAUCCGAGCUAUGA